AUGGAUUAUGUUAGUGGAUAUGAUGGUAAUGGUUCAGUGAGGGAGUACAUCUAUAAGAUGUGCAAGCUAGUUAAUGAUCUGAGCAUACCCAUCGCUGUUUCAUCACAUUUCUCUGACUACUCUCUAUAUAUACAACAAACUCAUCACCACAUCUUUGAUCUUUGGUGCCAAAUACUUGACCUUCUCAUUGUCUCCACCACAACCACCUCCUCCACCACCGGGGUUGGGGACUCAUCCGCCCUUGUAUUGUUUUGUGGGCGCACAGCUUUCUUUUCUGAUACGGAUGGCGGUGAAGAUAAGGGUGGUGCUGAGAUCAAUUCUGGACUUGGCAUUGAGGCUAAGCAGCCCAACUUUGCCAUGAGAAAAUCUGCUCGUGUGCAGCUGAUUAAGAAUGGGAAGAAGAUCGCUGCAUUUGUACCCAAUGAUGGUGAAUUUGUUUUUGCCCUAUUUCUUGAUGAAACACUAAGCAAAGAGCCCCUUUUAUCUCAUGAUCUUGAUGAUCAACAAAUGUACCGUGCGAAAGGUGUCAUUGGCCCCUUUAACGGAAUACUUGGACUUUGGGAUUGGAAUGACAUAGCUCUGUUGAACCCUGCUACGAGAGAAUUUAGGUUCCUAGAUCUCUCAGUACCUGACACCAACCUUCCACCCUAUUUUGAUCCCUAUUAUUAUUCUUUUGGAUUUGGGUUAGACCGCACUACAAAUGAUUACAAGGUUGUUUGGAUUCGUGACUUCUGGGAUGACAAAAAUGAUAUCCCAUAUAAUCCUAGAGUUGUUUCGGUCUACACACUGGGUACAGAUUCUUGGAGAGUCUUUGAAAUUGAAUUAUCCCAAAUUCAUACCAUACAAGAUCCAUUGUGUAAUGCAUACAAGAAUGGAUUUUAUUAUUGGUUAGACUUUGGAGAUAUUCACUAUUUGAUCCUUUCGUUUGACAUGGAUAAUGAGGUUUUUAGAGUGAUAACAGUGCGAGAUGUACCCACAUCAAAUAUACCCAAAUCAAGAUGCGCGGCCCUUUCUAUGUACAAUGAUUCUAUAGCUAUAUUUCUUUACGAUCUAAGUGGGGUUGAGAAACAUUUUGACAUAUGGUCGAUGGAGGAGGAUGAGUGUUGGACGAAACAACUAACUAUUGGACCCAUUUUAGAUGUUGAAAGGCCACUUGUGUCAUGGAAAAAUGGUGAACUUUUUUUAGAACGACGGGACACUGCAGAGUUGGUUUUGUACAAUCAUAAUACGGGAGAAACUAAAUACUUCAGACAGCGUGGGAAGGAUGCCAUUCUUAAGCCUUUUAUCUACCAGGAGAGCCUUGUUUCAGUUUUUGGAAGGAAGUGA